AUGAGCUAUGUCAGCACUACCCAUUUCCGUGGCUCGAUGAUUUCUUGGCGUGUAUUGAACGAAAGUUCAUCCACAAAUGUAACGGUCGAAAUUUUACAGAGACAUGCAUGGCGAUAUAAUUCCUUCACACCGCUAUGCACUGACCUAACUAUCCCGAAUAAAUCACCAAUAUUAGGAUCUGGUAACAUUAAAUGUGUAAGUACAUGCCCAGCAGGUAUUUCAACUCUCGGUUCGGUGCAAGUUCCAUGUACGGGCUAUAGUAUCAGCGAACAGUAUGCUGCUGGUGAAGGUCGUUUUACAUUUAAUGUUCGAAAAAAUGUCAGUUUUGUCGCUAGUUUUACCGGUAAAGGUUGGUUUGGAUUAGUUUACAGUGCCGAUGCAGACUGGAGUGUUGCUGUGCAAAUUCAAACAUACAAACGACCAAGCGGUCGGUAUAAUAAUGCUCCUGUUAUAACCAUGUUACCCAUUUAUAUAUUACGUCGUUUGAAAACGUAUGUACUCAAAAUCAAUGUUGCAGACAAUGAUUUCGAUCCAUAUCAAUGUCUCUGGUCCAAUGGUACGACGCAAUGUGGAAAUUUAACUGAUAAUAUUCCUGGUGCGACACUGAAUGCAACUAGUUGUUAUCUUACUUUUACUCCUAGUAUAUCUGGAUACUACGCAGUAGCAUUAACAGUCGUCGAUUAUGAAACACCGACGAGUCCAUUAUCAUCCUACCUAUCUCAAGUUCCAAUUCAAUUUGUUUUCCGUGUUUAUGAUUCACCUAAUCCAUGUUGGACAGGGCCCGUUUAUUUGGGUGAUCUUUUGUCUGAUCAAUGUAUUUAUUUGACAGCAGACACUACGUACAAAGCUCGAAUACGUUUGCAAGUUCAAUGUCCUAAUGCCACCGUAAACAGUAUUAUCUCAGUAAAUCCGACGGGUUUAACAAAGACUGCACUUGUUCCUGAUCCUUUCGACGUGACAAUCUUCAUGUAUUUCAUUUAUUAUUUUGCCAGUCCAGAUCAAUACGGUCAAAAUUUGUAUUGUUUCUCUGGUGUUGAUUCGAUUGGCAAUCAAGGUUCUUCGACGUGUCUUCGUUUCAUAAUUGAAUCCCCUGCAAUAUUAAUGAAUCCUCUCUAUACACAAAACGUGACACGGUAUCCAAUAGGCGUAGUCACUUCAGUAACAUCUACAUGGACAAUAUUGACGGACGGGAUUCAGUACCCACGGCCAACGAUCGAGUCAUACAUUCGGUUUAAGCGUUUAUCUGAUAAUUCGGAUAUAUUUCGUCUCAACGUUGUUACUGAGACAAGUAAUGUACUCUACCUUGACGAUCGUCUUGUUAUCUCAUCGAACAUCAUAUGGACGCCUGGUGAACAGUAUUAUAUUUAUUUCGAUAGUGGUAUUCUUGCUCUUGCUUCAACAUGUACCAAAGCAUCCAUGCCAAUAAUCGAUCCGGCCUUUUGGCCGUUUAGAAUACCUUACGAAACAACAAGUUCUACGACAACUUCCACAUCAACAACAUCCGGUACAUCAACCUUACGUCCACGCACAGUACCAAGUCAACGAACUAUCAUUUCACGAACGACGACGACUCGUACGACAGUGACUGUUACUACUGGCACGGAAGGAAGUACAACGAAAAGUACAGUUCCAGCAGUGAAAAAGCCAGCAUCACAUUUAACUAUCAGUGAAAUCAUUGCUAUAACCUUAGCAACUGCUCUUUUUCUUGUUCUUUCCAGCAAAAUCCUGGUUUAUUGUGUUCACUUCUACAUAAUACAAGCUGUUGUACUUCGUCACGGAUUGCAGAAACAGAUCUACGACUUCAUGCCAAUCGAUCAAUCGAUUCAAUCGACUACUCAAUACAAAUUAGCACUAAAUAAAAGAGCACGAACUUAUGCUUGCCAGGGAAAAACAACAUCUAGCUUGGCGUUAGUAGAUAUUCAAGCAACAGUUUCAGGCAGCGUGAAAGACUGA